AUGAAGUCAAAAAAAAGGUCGCAAAUUAGAAAAGGAAAAAAUUCAACAUGCAAAUAUAAUGAUCAAGAAAAGAACAAAAAGCAUAUUACAGAGAGAACAGAUGAUUUGCAUUUAGGUCUUACAGAAGUAGAACAUAAUAUAAGUAAUGUAAAAGAAGAAGAAAAUGUAUUAGUUGAUAAAAGUAACGAAUUGAAUACUAUUGCAUGCAAUGAGAAAAAUAUUGGAUUAGAAGAUAAAGAAAAUUUUCUAGUUAAUAUAAAUAAGAAUUAUGUAUCUGAAACUACUGAUAAUUUAUUAUCAGAGUGUAAAGAGACAGAAAAAAUUGAAAAAGAUAUAAAUUCUGAUAAAUUAGAUGAAGAAAAUAAUAAUACCAAAGAUAAUAUUAUUGUUAAUAAUAUGAAAAAUGCGUCUGAUAAAAAAGGUGGUAUUUUCACCACGGUUUUCGGUUUAUUAAAUGAUAAGCAUAUAAAAGAUAUUGAUGAAAAAAAGAUCAUUCAAGAAAAUGAUGAUGAAAAAAAAGAAUUAAAUGAAUUAAAUGAUAAUAGUAAUAAUACUUUAAAAAAUAAUAAUAACAUAGAAAUAACUUAUAAUAUUGAUAAUAAAGAAAGCGAAACAUUAAACAGUGAAAAUAAUUUUGUUGAAGAAAAUUCAUUACCUAGUCCUAUUACAAAUGAAAAUAAUCAAAAUGGUCAAGAUGUAAAUAUUACUGUGAACAAAAGAAGAAGUAAAAAGUUAAUUGAAAAGAAUCCUGAUGAAAAAACGAACACAAGGAAAUUAAGAAAAAAAUCUGUGAGAAAAAGUAAAAAUGAUAUAUUAUAUCCUUUGAAUGCCGAACUUGUAGAACAAGUUGAUUGUGUUAAAAAGGAAAUUACAGAUGAAAAUAUUGAGGUAAAAAAAGAAUUAUCUAUUGAAAAUAAUGAAAUGAAUUUAAGUUCUAUACAAGAUGAAAAUAUAAAAAAUAUCAAUUCUGUAAAGAAUGAAUAUAAUAACGAAACAAAAGAUAUCAUUGAAUCAAUUAACGAGUUAGAGAAUAAAAAAAUAUUGCACAAUGAAACGAAUGAUUUAAAAAAGGACCCUUUGAUUUUGAUGUCAGAAAAAUCUUUAAAUAAUUAUAUAAAUAAUGAUUUAGAAAAAUCUACCGGUAGUCCUUUGAAUAGUUUAUCACAAAGUAAUAUAAAUACUGAGAAUACUUUAAUGAGUAAUAAUGAUAUUAUUAAUAAAGUCAACCCCCAAGGGGACGUUAUUAUGGGUGAUCAAGAAUCAUCACAAUUAAAUUGUGCAAAUGUUAUGGAUGUAACAUCAAAGGUGAUAAGAAGAAGAAGGACUAAAAGUAAGAAAAAAUCAAUAGAAAAAGACAUAAAAGGUAGUAAUGAAAUUCUCUUAUUACAAGAUAUAGAAAAUAAUAAUAGUAUCAGUAUUAAUGGUAAUGAUAGAAGAAGUACCAAUUUAUAUAUCCAAGGUGCUGAAACUACUAAUAUUACUACAAGCCAAUUAAUACCAGAAAAUGCUUUAGCUGUUACGUUUACAAGUGAACGUAAAAGAAGGGGAAGGAAAAAAAAAGACCCAAACAAUUUCGAUUUUCUAAUUGAACCCCUUUCAAAAGAAAAAAGAAAUAGUGUUGUAGUCGAAAAGAGAAUUAUACCUAGAGAUAAUGAACCUAGAAGAAUUCGAAAAAGUGAAACAAGAGGAAGAGAAUUAUUUGAUAAUAUGGAUGAACAUGAUCUAAAUCUUGUACAUAAAUUAAGUGAAAGAAAAAAUAGAAGAAGUAAUAUUGUUAAUCAUUUAUUGCCAUUUAGAAGAUCAAGAAAUUUUUAUGAUACUGAAUCAUCUGAUAAUGAUGAGGAAGAAUAUAGAAGAUAUAAGAGAAGACAUAUAAACCCAUUUGAACGAUCUAAUAGAAUUAGAAAUAAUUUUAGACGUAGACAACUAGGAAAAGAAGGAUUUUUAGAAAACGUAGAUAGGAGACUUUUUCCAAAUGAAAAUUUUAUGGUUAAAGAAGAAUUUAUGGAUAAUGUUAAUAGCAUAAAUACUGUAUUUAAUUUUAAUCAUGAAUUUUUAAAAUUUUUACGUAAAGUAAGUAGAUUUGAAGAUAUUAAUUAUGAUGCCAUGUUGAAAUUUUUAGGAGAUAUACAAAUAAAAUUAUCUCGUAGUAUUCGAGACGAAUUUCCUCCUGAAUUUUUUGAAACUCACCAUGCGAACGAAUCUUUUUACGCUAUGAGUCAUAUAGUUGAUAUUUUGAAUAAUAAUAAUGAAAUUCUGACCAAGUUGAACCAAUUGGAAUACAAGUUUUAUUAUGAUUAUUUAAAAAAUAAAUCAAUUGAAAAUAUAUAUAAUAAUAAUAAUUCUAAUACGAAUGAUAAGGUUGUUAAUAAUAAUAAACAAGAAGGUGCAAACUGGAAUAUAUCUGCACGUGACAUAACUAAUGAGACUGCAUAUUCAAGUGGACAAUAUCGCAAUGGUGAAGAAGGAGGUGGAGAAAUUUUUGAAAUAUCUAGAAAUGAAUGUAAUAUUACUUCCACUAAUUCUAAUAAUGAAUUUAUACCAACAAAUGAUCUACAUAUAAAUGGAAAUGAAACAAAAGGUGCAGAAAAGGACAACUUAUCAAAUGAUAUGAAAGAGAAAUAUGAUGUAUAUGUGAAUGAUGAUACAAUUAAUAAUAACAACAACAAUAAUAUUAACAACAAUAAUAAUAACAACAACAACAAUAAUAAUAAUAAUAAUUAUAUUGGAGAUAGUGCAAGUACAACCAUACGUCAUAGUAAUAAUCAUACGGAGAAUAUUACCGAAGCAAGUAUUAAUAAAAAGAAGGAUCAAUGCGAAGAUGGAAAUAAUAAUGAUAAUGAAAAUGAUGAUAUAUCUAGGAGAAUUAUGGAAUUAGAGAAUGAAAAGAAUAAUAGCUCUAUACGAGAUGAUGUGCAAAAUGUAGACGCAACACAUAAAUUAAGUAUGCAAAAUAGAAUUAAUUUUGUAUGUGAUGAACUUAACGAUUUAAUUAAAAAAACGUUGAAAAGUGAAGUGGAAACAGAUGGUAGCUUCAGGGGUAGACGAUAUGAAAAUAUAUCAGAAAGAACAUUAUAUAAAGAUUAUGUAUCUACUAAUUUAUAUAGAAGUAAAAUAGUAAAGGUUGAUGAAUAUGCAAAUGAAGGAAUACAAGGAAAAAAACUUGAAGAAGAUAAUGGAAAAAGAAGAAGAAGAAGAAGGCGACGAAGAAGAAAUGAAGGAAACUAUGAAGAUAUUGUAACGUCAUCAUAUAAUAAUGAUACAAAAAAUAUUGAAGGAAUUAUGAUGGUCAAAUAUUCUGAUUAUUUUAGAAAGUUAAAUGAGAUAACUCCAAAUAGAAUUGAAUAUGAAAGGAAUUACAACCACGAAGAAAGUAGUUGUUCAUCAUCAGAUGAGUCGUCUAAUUACAAUUAUGUAUGUAAAAAAAGAAGAAAUGACAAUAAUGAUUUGAAUAAAAAAGAUAUUACGGACAACAAAGAAUAUGAGAAUAAUAAGGAUAAACUUAAUUUGACUUUUGAAAAUAUCAAUGAAGUUCAUAAUCAAAAGGAGGAAAAGGCUGAUGAGAAUGAACAUAAUUUAAGUACAUCAAAAUGUAAUAAUAUACAAAAUGACGAAGUUAAUGUCUAUAGGGAAGAUACAAAUAUGCAUUUAAACAAUGAGUUAAAAAAUGAUAAUAUAAAAGAAAAAAAUGAAAAUAAUAACAAUGAUAGGAGGAGUAAAGAUAAUAUUUCAUGUGAUAUGGAUUGUUAUAAGGUAAAGGAAGAAAAAAUUGAUACAAAAAAUGGGAAUAAUACCUAUAUAACAAGUAAUGAAACAAGCAAGGACACAUUAAAUAUACACGAAUUAAAUCAUAAUGAUAAAAAUUUUGUUAAUCAGCCUAAUUGUACAUUACAAGAUAUAAUUUUUGAUAAUACUAAAAGUAAUAAUAUAAAUUAUAAUAGCGAAAGAAGAGAUGGAGUAAUAGACGAUGUACAUGCAGGUACAACUGAUAAAGAAGAGGAAGAUAAUGAAAACAUAACACAUGGAGAUAGUAUUUUAAAUGAUAAUGAUAUUGUUAAUAUUAAUAAUAAUACUACCGAAUUAGAAAGAAACAGAAGAUCAACACAUAUUAAUAAUAAUGAUUCAUUAGUAAGAAUAGAAUGUGCACAUUCCUUAAGAUAUCCAACAGAACAUCAUGUUUUUCAAAAUAACGAAGAAGAUUUUUGGAAAACAAAAGAAUUUAAAAAAAAUUAUACAGAUUGUUACAAUUUAAAUAUAGAUUGUAAUGCUGCUAUAGAGAAUAUGACGAGAUAUGAACGUGAACAAACUAUUAGCAAUUUAUUGAAGGAUACAUUUAAUCUUAAGGAUGAAGAUUAUUCUAAUUUAAAUAUGGAUAAAACACAAAAAGAAAUUUUAAACUGCUUAAGAAUGAUAUCAAGAAUAAAAAAAAUAUUUUUUGAUGAAUGCUCUAAAAUGAUAAAUAAUCAAAUAUCUGUUUUAGAAAGAAAUUAUAGAAUUCCUGACUGUUCAUUGACUUUAUUAAAAAAUACAUUUGGAUAUAAUGAAAAUGAAAAUUGA